AUGGCAGGUCAACUAGAUAGCGGUAGCGGUAGCAAUGGCAAUAGCAGCGGCAGAUGCAGCGCGCGUGCGCUGCCACGGAUACGCAAAGGGCAGAAGAUCGAUGAAGCCCUAGCGCCGCUGCAAGCCCUUCCGCCAUCGGUGCAGUACAUUGAAUCGCCGUUCCAGCUGCAAGAAUACCUCUCCUUGCUGCUGCGGCAGGAUCCGCACGACGUAGACCGCAUCGUGUCCUUACCAGAAGCGGACGUGUCGCGGAUGUUGGCCGAGGAGAGGUCGAGUCAAAUGGGAAAGGGCAAGGAUGCCAACCUGGCGGGAGGCGUACCAGCUCAGCUGGUGGACGAGGAACUGCACCCGAUCGACACGGAUGUUUGGGUAUUUGAGCAGCUAAGACGCAUCGUGCUGGAUCUCUCCACGCCGUGGCUGACGUCUCUGCAGCACGACUGUUCGAAGACCAAGAAUCCAUCCACGUGCGACGCGAUGAACGCCGGCGAGUGGAUGUACCUCUGCGCCUCGCACGGCGAGGAGAAGCAGUGCUGUGCGAUUGACUACACCAUCCACACGCUCGACGGCGCCACCGCGCUGCUCAACUCGGCGCGCCACUUCCCCAGUCGGACAUACAUACCCACGACCAGCUUGCGCCAUUUUGGCAGCAUCAGCCGCCGCCUCAGCAGGAUCUUUGUGCAUGCCAAAGACCACCAUCGCAAGAUAUUCGACGAGUGCGAGAGUGAGACCUCGCUAUAUGCACGCUUCUACGCACUCUGCAAGCUGUACGACCUGAUCAGCAUCGACAGCCUCCCCUCCCCGUGUACGCUAGCAGCGGCGUCCGAAAGCUCGAGCCGUGCAUGGUCAAAAGCCUCGGGGUCAGCGCCAACAAAUGAGUCUUUCACGAUGGGGCGGGAGACCAAGGAAAAGGGUGGGGAGGGAGAGCAGAAGCAGAUCACGCUGCUGCAGCGACCGCAACCUCAUGUCGCAGCAUCUGAAGAAGAAGGCGCUGCAGACACGGCCACCGCGGAGGCAGCGGCCACAAGAGGCGCGAGGGUGCAGCGCACGGAUACCAUGACGUCGCGCAAGUUACAGGAGGGUGGGAUAACAGGCGCGAGUGGAGGCGAGAACGAGAAAACGUCUGCAGAAGAGCCCGAGAGGGUGCAAGGGGAGCAUGCUUCUGCUCCCGCUGCUGCAGAUGUGGAUGCGCCAUCUGGCCCGGAGGAACAGGACACCGGGGGACCAGUAGCCGGCGACGCGUCUGCCUGA